GUCCUCCCAUUCUAACCGCGCAUGAGCGGCUUUGGGAGCGUGCGGCAAUCGGCGGUGGGACACAGCAGCUCACCGAUCCACAGAAAGAGCCGAAGAUGUCGGCUUAGUCAUGUGAUCAGCUGUGUCCAAUCACAGCUGAUCACAUCCCCAGCAGUGCCACCUGUCAGUGUCCAUUAGUGCCAGCUCUGUACUCAUCCAUGCCACCUGCCAGUGCCCAUCAGUGCCACAUCAGUGCCUACCAGUUCACAUCAAUGCCACAUAUCAGUGCCCAUCUGAGCUGUCUUUCAGUGCCACCUAUCAGUGCCAGUCAGUGCCGCCUAUCGGUGUGCAUCAGUGCCUGUCAGUGCUGCCUAACAGUGCCUGCCAGUGCCACCUAUCAG